GACGACACUCAAAAUUACUUGAUAUACAACAACAAAGGAGACAACAAUCAUCAACAAGUCAAAACAGAGAAUGCCCAAAUUGGUUAUCAUCAUAUGGUGAUCUGCGGAAUGAGGAUGACACUCAAAAUAACUUGAUAGACAACAACAAAGGAAACAACAAUCAUCAACAAGCCAAAACAGAUGAUGCCCAAAUUGGUAUCUCAUAUGGUGACUUGCAGAAUAAGGACGACACGCAAAAUACGCUGAUAUACAACAAUCAUCAAGAAGCAAAAACAGAGAAUGCACAUAUCCAUUCAUCAUCCCACAUUGAUCCUUCUUUAAGAGUUUUCUUCCUUAUGGACGAUCUAAAGCUAAGAAAAGAAAUAUUUAUCUCCUUUCCAAGAAGGGAUCUUUAUCCCUCUCCAAAAUUCUUGAGCAAGGAAGAAGCUAAUUCCAUUCCAUUUUCACUAAAGGAACUCCCAAACCUCCUUCAACGUUUCUCAUUCUCUCGUAACUCUCCAGAGGCGAAAGUUAUGGAAGAAACACUGAAAGUAUGUGGGAUUCCACCUAUAAAAGGAGAAACAAAGUACUGUGCCACAUCACCAAAGGCAAUGGUUGAUUUUGUUCAAGAAAUAAUGGGAGAUAAAACAGAAAUCAAAGCUCUAUCCACAACUCAUUUCUCAAAUUCAACUCCCCUGCUUCAAAAGUAUAUUAUUUUGGAUACUCCAGAAGAAGUAGAAACUCCUAAGAUGGUGGCAUGUCAUACCAUGCCUUACGCUUACGCGAUUUUCUACUGUCAUCACACAGUUAGCAAGGGCAAAGUGUUCAAGGUUUCAUUAGGUGGCGAAAAUGGUGAAAAAGUGGAAGCAAUUGUUGUUUGUCACUUGGAUACCUCUGAAUGGAGUCCAUCUCACGUAUCUUUUCGAGUGCUCGGUAUAUCACCAGGAACAUGCCCAAUUUGCCACUUUUUUUCAUCAGAUAAUCUACUCUGGGUUCCAAAAUUCGCCAUUGCACAAGUGAUUUGAAGGAGCACUCUCUCCAUGUUAUCAGCAGCUUUGUGUGCUACUGUUUGAUUACUAUCUGUUAUUGUGAAUUAGUAAUAUUUUCAUGCAUCUUUUCUGUACUGUUUCAGUGUGCCUCUUGUUUUGCUCACUUUUCAAUGGUGAGAUAUAAAUAAAACUAGUAAUAUGAUUUGCUGGUUGA